GUGAACAACAUUUACUUGAGCUGUUCAGGGCUGUGAUGGGUUUGGCCUUUUUUUUUUUUUUUUUUAAUUAUUAUUAUAUAAAGCAAAUUAGGGUUUCUGAAAUCCCCCAAUCCUGCUUUCUCGGAUUUUCUCUCUCGAAUUUUCCGACAUCAAUAAACAUAUAUUUCUACAACACCACAAAUUCCUCAAAUCUUUCAGAUCAUUCUUAAUUUCUCCGAACUCCCAAUAAAGAUCCAAUCUUUACAGUCUUUUCAUUAUCCAAAACCAUGCCUCCGAAAGCUGUUAAGAAGACGCCGACAGGAUCCGCAUCGAAACGGGGUGGCCGUACAGCCCGAGCUACACCUAAGCCACAGGGAAAGCAACCGGUUGUGGCGGUCGAUGAACCGGUAAAAGUUGAGGUUCCUGUGGCGGUGGAGGAGAAGAAGGUGGAACUGAAACCGGAGAAACCGGUGGCUGAACAAAAACCCGAGCCGGAGAAAGAGAAACCGGUGAAAUCUGUGGAGAACCGGGUGGUUUCUGAGAAGAAAGACCAUGUGAAAGAUUCAGUUGAUGAAUAUGAAAAAGGCGAACGAUUAGAUCUGGAGGAUAAUGAUCCCGAAUUUGAGCCCGAAGAGUAUGCUGCUGUUGAUUAUGAUGAGAGAGGUAUUGAACAUGAUGAUGUUCAGGAAGAGGAUUAUGAAAUAGAGGAGGAUCCUCAAGAGGGAGAAGAGGGUGACGAGGAGGAGGGUGAUAUGGUUGAGGAGGAAGUUGAAGAUGAGCAUGAGGAAAUUGAGGGUGAAGAAGACAAUGGGCAUGCAGCAGGGGAGGAGCAUGCUGAUAUGGCUGACGCAGCUGAGGAGGAAGAGCACCAUGAAGUUGCUAAAGAAAGACGUAAGAGGAAGGAAUUUGAAAUUUUUGUUGGUGGCUUGGACAAGGAUGCUAUGGAGGAUGAUCUUAGGAAAAUUUUCAGUCAAGUUGGCGAGGUCACGGAAGUGAGACUCUUGAUGAAUCCUCAGACAAAGAAGAACAAAGGAUUUGCAUUCCUGCGUUUUGCAACAGUGGAACAAGCUAAACGAGCUUGUACUGAGCUGAAAAAUCCAGUGGUGAAUGGCAAAAAAUGUGGUGUUUCUCCCAGUCAAGACAGUGAUACCCUAUUCUUGGGUAACAUAUGCAAAUCUUGGACAAAAGAAGCUUUAAAAGAUAAGUUGAAGCAUUAUGGCAUUGAUAAUGUUGAGGAUUUGACAUUGGUUGAAGACACUAAUAAUGAUGGAAUGAAUCGUGGCUUUGCUUUUUUGGAGUUCUCGUCACGCUCAGAGGCCAUGGAUGCUUUCAAACGUCUACAGAAGAGAGAUGUUGUGUUUGGAGUUGAUAGGCCUGCAAAAGUUUCUUUUGCAGAUUCAUUCAUUGACCCUGGAGAUGAAAUUAUGGCACAGGUAAGCUCUUCAGACCCUUCUAUCUGUUUUUGUAAAGGACUGUGGCUCUGGCAAAGUUUGGCUAAUAUAUCUUUCAAAUGGAGUUGGUUACCCUUAGCUAAUUCGUGGAGCUUAGUCAUUUUGCAGCAGACUAUUUGGUAUAACCUAUUUUUGAAUUUGUUACUAUCUUUUGAUGGUUUGCUUCCUACCGUUCUAGUACCUUAUGCUUCAACAGGAAAGAAAGAUGGCUGAGGCCACUGAACGUAU